UCACGCCGGCUCUCCUCUCCGUGGGACAACCGUGCGGGAGAGAGUCGAGGGUCCCAACGCCACGGACCAGACAGGAUGAACGACUGGUUGCUGGGGCUUUUCCUCACGGUGGCCUGCGCGGAGGCAGGGCAGCUGACGGUGGUGGGAUUGAAAGGAGAGCCCGUCACUCUCCCGUGCGUGGACAAGGAUGGGCGACCCUCGUCCCCCAACACGCUUGUGUCGUGGCAGAAAGGGAAUGAGAUGGUGCACGUUCAGAAUGGCCGAGGCAGACUGCGGGAACAGCAGGAUGCGGUGUACAGGAACCGGACAGGAAUGGACGCACAGGGAUUCAGUCAGGGCAACUUCUCGCUGACCUUCGGACCCCUGCGGCUGGCGGAUGAGGGCAAGUACCAGUGCAUCGUGCUCGAGGAGCCACAGAGAGACAAGCUGCACAACGCCGAGGUCCGACUGUAUGUGGGAGCUAGCUACAGCACCCCGUCCAUCGUGGGGCCACCGUUGGGAGACACCAGUCCCGGGGACGUGGUCAACCUGACCUGCCUCUCGUCUGGAGGGUACCCGCAGCCGGUGGUGAACUGGACGGACGGGGAGAGUCGACCGCUGGUCAACGUGAGCAGCGAGGAUGAGAUGGGGCAGGACCAGGGCUCCAAGCUCUGGAACGUCAGCAGUGUGAUCUGGGUCACAGUCACCCCCAACUCCAGCUUCAUCUGCACCGUGCGUAACCCGCGGACGGGCGAGAUCUGCAGGUCCAGUCCCUGGCGGGGAUUCAGGAGUCAAUUACCGGAAAACCUGCCACGCAGGAGCACUCUCUCGUACGUCACCCCGGUGGUCAUUGCUCUGACAUUGCUGGUCGCUCUGGGGCUUGUGUAUCAGAGGAAGACAUCAUGGCGAACAGAAAUGACCGUGACUUGUUCUGAAGAGCAUCAGAUGAAUCCACUGAUGCAAGGCACAGUUCUUCCAGUCCAGGUCCCAUGUUAGAACUUCCUCUGUGAAUGGCAGUGGAUGGAUAAACAGGCAAGACCACCCCCGCCCCCCAAGCGAGGGACGAACCGGAUGAGGGGGUGGAGAGGGGGUGUGGGAUCGUCAGACAGACUCGGAGAGCCACCUCACUGACUUGCCUUCUCCACUGCACCACAAGACAUCCGCAAAGGCUCCUCUUGUCGAACAGGCAGCCCGACAUCGUGGAUUUAAAUUGGGAAAGGAUCGCUGGCGGUGGGAGUCUUCAUUUUGGGAUUUGGGAGAAGUACUUAAUUUCCCACGGACUCUUUGUCGCACCCUGUCUCAUCCCCCAGGACACACACUCUUUCAGAAGGAGCCAAGGCUGUGGAGAAGGUGCAGAGGAGAUACUGGACUCACCGGUCCAGGGGAGAGGCUGAGGUCGAGAGAGCAGGUUAACGGGAGAUUGAAUCGGGAUGUUGGAGGAGCGAAUCCGGAGAGGCUCUGGUCCAGGGGAGAGGCUGAGGUCGAGAGGGCAGGUUAACGGGAGAUUGAAUCGGGACGUUCGAGGGGUGAGUUAGUGGGGAGGCAGUCCUGGGAGAGGCUGGGGCUGAGAGACAAGGGGAGAUUGAAUCAGGUAGUUUGGGGAGUGAAUUGGGAGAGGCUGCCAUGGUGUGGUAGGGUUGGAGGGAGGAUAAUCAGGGAAGGAACCGGAGGGGGAGGGGGGAAAUGUUAACCCCACCCCCCCACUACAGUGUGGGGGAAGGGAGCAGAUCCAACAGCAAUAUCCCAAAGGGCUGGAAAGCCGGGAGGGGGGUAGAGUGUGGGGAGUGCAGGAGAGGACUCUAAGGACCAGGGCUAGGCCAGUGGGCCGAGUGGUCUCUCCUUCCGUCACAGGCGCUGUGCACUUCGAGAGGUGGAGCUCCCGGAUGCGUUCUGCGGUGGUUUACAAUAAACGUCUGGCAGUUGAUUCGAGGCACGUCUCGCAGUGCGGUGGGCUGAAUCACUUCACAGUCAAGCUGGUACUUCCCCCCUCAAUAUUUAUGGCAAACUGCUCCUCCCACAGGUGGGGUUAGCGGGAGGACACUGCAGUAGUUUAAGGACGCCUCUCAUUUCCCCCUCUUCCCAAGGGACAGUUAGGGAUGGGUGAUGGAUGCUGGUCUGGCCAGUGUG